AUGAGAACAGCACUGUUCUUUGUUCAUCUCCUUCCUGUGCUGACAGUGAUAGCACAGGCUGCACCAGCAGGGAGCGACAACUUUGUGGUCUCUCUGAAAAAUGGCCGAAUCCGAGGGUCAUACAUGACAGUGAAAGGCACAGAGAGGAGGGUGAAACAGUACCUGGCGAUCCCUUUUGCACAGCCCCCAGUGGGGCCCCUACGUUUUGCUGCACCCAAGGAUGCAGAACCCUGGGAGGGGGACAGAGAUGGCACACAGCAGCCCCCCAUGUGUAUUCAGGAUCCAGAACUCGUGGUGAAUGUUUCUCAGACCAUGUCAAUGCAAUACAUCGUACCUGAGCUUUCAGAGGACUGUCUGUAUCUGAACGUGUACACUCCAGCUGACGUGACACCAGGAGACAAACUGCCAGUUUUGGUGUGGAUCCAUGGAGGAGGUCUGUCGAUGGGUGCAGCUUCUCAGUACGAUGGCGCUCCAUUAGCUGCUUAUGAAAACAUUGUGAUGGUCAUUAUUCAGUAUCGCCUCGGCAUUCUGGGAUACCUCAGCACUGGAGAUGAACACGCUCAGGGGAACUGGGGUUUCUUGGACCAGCUGGCCGCACUGAGAUGGGUUCAGGAAAAUAUUGAGGCCUUUAAUGGGGAUCCACAAAGUGUCACAGUGGCUGGAGAAUCUGCAGGAGGCAUCAGUGCAUCCAUCCUGACUCUGUCUCCACAAGCUAAAGGACUGUUUCAGAGGGCAAUCUUUCAAAGUGGAGUAGCAACACUGGGAACCUACACAACCAACCAUCCUUUGGCCACUGCAAAGGAAGUUGCCAACCUGGCCGCGUGUGACCGCAGCAGCACACAGGAACUGGUCCAGUGCAUGAGGGCGAAAAGUCAAGAGGAGCUAGUUGAAGCAACUAAAAAGAUGAGGAUCUACCUUGGAGCAGUGGUGGACGGCGUGUUCCUGACCGACCUGGCAGAGGAGCUUUUGAAAAGGAAAGAAGUGAUGAGGAUUCCUGUGAUGUUGGGAAUAACCAAUCAUGAGUUUGGAUGGAUCCUGCCUCAGAGCUUUGCUCCUCCUGGCUGGGAGAAGGGGAUGAACAGAGAGUCUGUGCUGGCUGUGGUGAACAUGUUCAAUUCUGCAGGGAUCUCCACUUUAAACAACUUCAUCGUAGAUGAAUACCUGAAAGACGCUAAGACUCCUGAAGAGAUCAGAGACAGAUUCACAGAAAUCAUUGGAGACCUGCUGAUGACGCUUCCUGUCGUCAAAGUGGCCGGGUACCACGCAGAUAUGGGUGUUCCUGUCUACAUGUAUGAGUUUGUGUACGCUGCUGGGAUACACAAAGCCACGAGGCCCAGCUUUGUGAAGGCAGAUCACGCAGACGAUGUGGGCUUCAUGUUUGGUGGAUGUUUCUGGGAUGGAGAUAUCAAAAUUGUUGGCCCCAUUACAAAGGAGGAUGAAAGUCUUUGUAAGACCAUGAUGGCGUACUGGGCCAAUUUCAUCCGCACUGGCUCCCCUGAUGGUCCUUAUCUGGUUAGCUGGCCUCAGUAUGACAGGCAGAAGCAAGAGUACAUGGAGCUGGAUCUGACACAGACGGUAAAACAGAAACUGAGGGAGGACAGAGUCCAUUUUGCUACUGUCACCCUUCCUCAGAAGCUACAAGACUUAGCAGCAGCCACACCUGGAAAGUGAUCACUGUCAGCUGUCGUUUCAUUUGUUUUGGUCUGUAUGUCAAAAUGUUAAAAUAAUCCAUAAUCAAAGUUAAUGGUACUGCAGACCCAUUUGUUUCUGUUUUGGGAUGGGCUGUUUUUUCCCUUUCCAUUAAUUCCAUGUUAGUGUCUUUUUUUGAGUAUGUAUUUUGAUAAAUAGUCAU